CUGAAAUUUGAUUUUUCGAACACUUUUAUCACUUACUGUCUUAGAUAAUAUCUCUUGCCAUGACAAACGAAUUAACCGCAUUUAUCUUUGUAGAUGCCUUACAUGUGGAUUUAGUUAUGUUGGUAAGUCAUCUGAUUUUACAUCAAAAAACUCAAAAUACCGUCGGCCAGAUGCUCACACUCGUCAUUGUUUCCACUAUGAUGAUGCAUCUCCCUUUUAUUAUCAUUAUCGACAGUAUGAGCGCCAUGUUAUUUCCUUUCAAACAAUCUGUUAUGAGGUUCGAUUCCCAAGUCAAGUAAAUUUAGUAAAUUGAAAUUAUUUUUUUGAAAGUGCGAAAAGGGAAACGGGGUGCGGCAGCGGUGCGAAGUCUUUCGGUCUGGUAAAGAUUUGGGAUACGGAAGCCGCCCCGGAUUAGUCGAGCUGCGCAGCUUACUAUGAUCGAGGUCGUCGUCGUAAAUAGUUUCGCCAAUAGUAUUCCCUCGAGAGAGUCGUUGCAAAUUCGAAAUCGCGAACAACUUGUGACUGGUACCAGAAGCGGAUAAAUGAGGGUCGGCGGAACUCGGCAGCAAAGGGAUUUUUUGAAAAAUGCUCAUGCUCGGACUCGUUCUGCAACUCCCCGCGUUGCAAUCAUGAUGUGAAUGCAAAAUGAAUGCAGUAGUUUUUUUUUUCUGAUAUCUGUGUUGCAAAUGCCACCCACUACUAGAAUUGCCUUCGGUCAGUUUUGCUUUCAUAAGCGUCGCGGUCGUCGCCCUUCUCCUUCCAGCAUGGAUGGCGAACGAUUCAAGACCGCCAUCUACGAGCCGGCAAAGGGCUAUGCUAUGGGGGCGCUUAUGUUCGCGGCCUCCUUGCCUUUUGCUGCGUUUUCCACGUCCGCCUCGCUGCUCCUCGGAUUUGACGUGUCGAAAUCUGCUCUCCUCCGCCUCCGGGAGAGGUCGGUGGAAUACAUCAAGCGGCACCAGAAGGAGCGGCUCCGGGCUGCCGCAAGUUCCGACGACAUCACGCCGGUGGUAAUACGACUGGGCCACGAUGGCACGCCGCUUGGCUUAACCGUAUCAAAAGCUACGGGAACCGGCAUUACGAGGGGCCGGCACAACCACAACGGCGAAGAUAUGGCGAUGGUCACAAAUACCGCCCACAUGUGUGGGCGCAGCGCAUUUCUGAUCAUUUUGGUAUGCUAUGCGAUUAUCAUCACAGAAAUGCACUGCGCUCGGGCCUUGGGCGGGGUAUUUGAUUGUCCCUCCAUAAGAGUACACGUCUGUACGGCCACUGCCUGCGUCGGAGCGGGCACAGCUUGGGCCAAGAUUCGAAUUCCGGUGGACCUGGUGCUCCUCGCGAAGAAGAAGGCAGGGGACAUCUGGCCGCGGCUGCAGGCGGUCUUGGAGGAGGUCGAGCGACUGGCGUCAAACGUGGGGGGCCGCCGACCAGUAGUGGUGCUCAACACACAAGACUCGGGGGGCGCAGGUCGGAAGCUGAAGAAGAUCUUGCGGCGUUGGGCACGUUUGAAGGACGAGCGGAGAUCACGACGCACCGCGGCCAUGACCCUCUACUGCGCGCACCAUUUUAUCCAAUUGGGAUUUCUAGAUGAGGCCAAACGAGCCCUCGGUGGGAAUAGCAGCGCGAAAGACUGGGCCCACAAGCUCUACGUGUUUACGCGCAAACUCGUGUAUCAUAGGUGUGAUCUGCUCGAGGAAUUGGAGGAAUGGGUGGGAAAGAUGUUGAUCAAGCCCACUACCCAAGCAGCAGCGCUGAUGCAGCAUCCGGGUGGCGGGCCCGCGGGCUCCGUUGAGGUGCUGGACGAAACAGGAGCACUUUUUCGACUUCUCGGCCGCGGCGAUAGUGACCGAAGCAAACAGGCCGCAGACGGUGUCGGCUGGAAGUCGUCAGCGGUCAGGUACGACAACUUCAACUCGAAACUCAUUGCCAACUCCAAGGAAGAAGCCGUGGAAACCCUGAAGCAGCUGCUAGCGCGAAUUCAGGUCGGGAGCGAGAGCCGUUGGCUGACCUUGGGUCGUUCUUGUGUGGCGAUCCUCCUCUUGUCGGCGCUUGGGGGCCGUUGUCUCGUCGCGAGGAAGAGCGACGGAUUUCGGGAGUCGGUUCGGAAGCAGUGGGGAGAGAUGGUUGACGAGCGGAUGCUGACGUAUGCUUCUGAAAUCCAAGCGGCAGUAAGACGCCUCAGCGCGAAGAGUGUGGCCUGCGUCAGGGCAUUGGCUCUCACGCAGACUAGUGCUUUGCGGUGUCGUUUGCCGCUUUGAUUUCUCAUUUCAUAUUGAAGUAGCGGUGAUCGCGCGGCCGUGCGAUGUGGUCAUGGAGGAGACGCUUCGGCGGGAUACACUUUUACCGGGCGAGACGCUCAGGGCCAGGCUGUAUGAGUUGCAGCAAUUGGCCUGGACGGAGGUGCUGGACAUUUUACACAUCCUGGGGCCAUUGUCUGAUCGGUUGGAUGUAUCUGCUCUGGCUGGUUCCGUCGUUCGUGCCGCAAUGCGUGUGAGCCAACGGUUACUGCGGAUAGACGCGGACGGGAUUCUACUUCCCCUCCUUGACUUGGUGGACGAGACGCAGCAUCACGCCACGACUCCAGCUUUCCGGGCGCUCGAGAUCGGGGAAGAUUGGGAAGGGAUUCAGGGGCUGUCGGACGUCCAGCUUGUCCAAGUUGCCAAGGCUGUAGCCGCGGUUUUGACCAUCGGGACACGCCACGAAGAAUCCCAACAUGCUAUCUCAGCCCGGAAAGUCGGCCUGAAUACGCAUCGAAGGACGAUAGAAGGUCUGUCGCAAGAAGUCCUAAUCCCCCAGUUUUCGGCCGCCUUGGUUUCGGAAUACACGCUGUCGGCGUUGAAGCAGUUGAAGAAGACCAAGCAGCCCCGGCCCCAGAACGCCAGCACGCGCUCACUUUUCAUCGGGAAGGAGGUGAGGGAGGCAACUUGGCGCACAAUUGUGAAUAAUCCGGAGGUAUCAAAUGCGAAAACGUCUGGGUCUGGAAGAGUGCAGGAGUUUGUCAUGCAGAUUUUGCAUGACCCUGAGGUCUGUGAUGCGUGUUGUAGCAUGAGAGAUUCUGCGAGGGCUUUCUGAUGCUCAUAUCGCAUGAGAACAGCCCUCUCCGCGUAGCAAAAAUUGCACCUCUGUUGCUGUUCAUGCAAUACAAAUCUUUUCUAGAAUCCAACGCCAGCAUCACAAGUUGCAACCUUCUAGACCCAGACAUUUUUGCAAUGCAUAGAGGGCGGUUGACAAAUCCUUUGGGAAGUCCCGGCAGGUCCAGGCGAAGGAAACUUUCACGGCCGCGGCGGAAAAAUGGGCGAGAAUGUCCGAAGCAGAUAAGGCGAAGUACGAGCCGCUCCGCAUAUGAAUUUCAAAACAGUCACUGCCCCAUGCAAGAUUGUCAUGCUGAUUUGCAUCUGGAAUUGCAUCCUGAAUUUAGAAGCAGCACUGCCACAGGCGAGAACUUGUGAUGGUUUUGAGAUUCAUACGCAAAGCGACAAAAGACGGGCGGUGCCCGUUCGAGUGGGAUUGCCGCUAGUAACGUGGCGAGCAGGGCAAGCGAAACUUCCGGCAGCGUGGUCCUGCCGCGGCCCGGUCAGAUCCGCAUUGGCGCCGACGGCAAGGCGAAGUGGGAAGCCGGUGGAGCAGGUUCAUCCGCUGGAAAUACCAAACCACAAGCACACAAGACAGCGCAGCAGCACGUCGCGCCACCUCUUUCUGCUGAACGACCUGCGGGUGAGUCUUUGGAAGCUAAGCUUGGCCGACCAGAUCUUCCCAUUCCGCUCGAGAAAUUGCAGGGCUACUGGACGGAAAGCCAGGAAGAAAUUUCUCUUGCGCGGACUUCUUCGUGCGCAGCACCCCUCUCCUGGAACGGGACUUCAGUGCAGGCGGCAUAUGAUCGCUCUGCUUUUGCCGCUGAAGAAGGGCCGUCCAAGAUCGUGCGGAUGAUAUUACAUGCGGAAGACGGGCGCGAUUCCGGGAACAUUGGGGCGAUCGUCUUCGGGAAAGAUCCGGAGGAAGAGGGCGUUGCACUAAAGAGCAACCAGAGUGGCCGUCUUGAACAGCCACGCAGCCAGGUCUUGGUGAGCAAGAUCUUCACUCUGGCGCCCUGUGAGGGCCAUUGCAGGUCCAUUGUCUUUCAGGAGUUGGAGCACCGUCCGUCGCACAACAAACAGUAUGAAUUUCACGCCGCCCUUCCCGCCGCCCCAAGCACAACCGGCAGUAGGUUUGAAGAGGUUUUUGCCAAUUUCGACGAUGGGCAGGACGUCUGGUACGCCCCCCUGCGAUUCGAUCUCGUCAGCAGCACCUUCGUGUUUGACUGGUUGGAGGGGCGGUCCUUGUUCGACAUGCUCAACGACUUCGCAUGCAGUGAUGAGGAGGAUGGCGGGGAUGACGAAUCUGGUAGCUCCAGCUCGGAGGAAGAGCAGUCGAGCGAGGAAGACGAGGAAAUAGCCGCUUUGCUCCGCGCAAAAGCGGCGCGGAAUAAGGAGGUAGAGCAAUUUUACGCCGAUCCGACAAUAGUCAACAAAACAGCGCCGGUGGGGUACAGCACUUCUUCCAGGAGAAAGGGCGGCGCCGCGGGCAAGUCCACUCCCGCUGCCGCCGCGUCGGCUUCGGCCAAUGCCCCGGGAGGUGGGGCGCCACAGCAGUCAACGGUGGGGCAGCGCAAGUACAAGGGCGACGCCGGGUACGAGGAUGACGCCGAAAACUUGCACGCGCAGCUGCUCGCUGCGCGGGAGCAGCUCGACGAGAUCCCGGCCGCCGCAACCGACCGCCACGGGUAUUCCACCCGCCUAGGCGGCGGACUUUGGCUCCGCGCAAAUACGCGGGUAGGGGCAUCCGGGCACAAGGCCUGGAUGCCAGAUGGCGGAAUAUGCUACGACCGGGUCAUCACAUUCGGGCCUCCGGAGCUUCAUCGUCGUUUCGGCUUACCGCUCAGCAAAACAAUCGACCUGCACAAGUUCGGGGGAGUAACAGUCGCGAAGCACCUAGGGGCGGUAUGGGCGGAGGCCUGUCAGUUUGUUGUCCGUGAGCUGCAGAAGAACGUCGUGCCGGUCGAGUACGAAAAUUUCGAAGAGGUGCGAAAACGGGUGGAGGAAGCAAUUCUUAUUUCGCGGGAAUAUCUCCGCGUCGUGACAGAUGAGCCCGAUGCGCAGGAACUGCAGGAGGCGGCAGGCCGGGAGCAGCCCCUCAGCAGCAUCUCUGUGCAGCAGCGCGCGGAAGCUGCAGUGACGAGUGAUUUAGUGUUAUCAAUCGCAAAGCACAUGCAUGCCAAAGCAAAAGAACAGAAGAAGUUAGUAGGGUCGUAGUUUAUUAGCUGAAGCAGAUAACUACCCUCCUCGGCAUGGUUGGGCCCUUCCGUGUCCUGCCAGAUUUCUUUCAGUAAGAAGCGCCGUCGCGGCUGCUUGCGCGGUGGCAGUCUAAAUCGCCUCUGCCUGGCCCCGCGCCAAUGUUCACUCCUCGGAGCUGUCGAUGAGAGACGCAAAAAAAAAUCUGUCGCGCGCCACGAAAAAAAAAUAGACCGCGUCGGCCCGGGCCCGCGCCGAUUUUUUUUCUCCUCCCGCGCGGAAAAAAAAAAAACGCGCAGAAAAAAAAAGCGCCUCGCACCCAGAAAAACCGGCGGCAGCCGGUUUUUUUUGGUGCGCAGACCAAAAAGUAAAUUGAAUAAAUUGAGAUUUUAAGGUCCUGUUUCCGGGGCAAAGGAAAUCCUUCCCAAAACGCCUGUGCCCUAAAAUCGGUCCCUUUUUUUUCAAUUUAUUCAAUUUACUUUUUCACCGGGCAGUUUUUUUUCGGCCAGUUUUUUUUUUCCGGUGGACCCGCCGAUUUUUUUUUCCUGCGUGGAUUUUUUUCUGCGGUGAAAUUUCGGUUCUUUUUUUCUGGGCGCUACGGGCGCCAGCCUCAGAAAUUGGCUCUCCCGGGACCCCGGCCAAAAUUUUGCUUCGCGUCCGCGGCUCGCUAGCCCGUGAAAAAUAAUCGCGUGUGAGAGCCCGAGCGAAUUUGUCGUCGUAGUGCAAAGUUGGUAGUAGCGCUCGAAGUCGUAUGUCGAUAUUGAGUAGAACAAUUUGCAAACUGGCACAAGCACUGCGUCUCAAACAGGCAGAAGUAGAAAUAAACACAUCUAGACGCAAAAAGCACCCUAGUAGCUCACCCCUUAAGACCCACCUACCUGCCUCUGCCCAGUAGAAAACGUGGCAAAAUGGACAGAGGAUCGAUCGCCAAGGCGGUCGUCAACAAGCAGACAAAGAAGGCCAAGGCCAAGCAGGACCGCAAGGAGCGGGCCCCGAUGACCAACAAAGCCAUCGAGGAGGCCCUGCGCGGCAAGGGGCAUGCGGUGAACCAGCACAACAUCGCGAUCUACCGCCGGUUGAAGGGCAACUUGCAAAAGGUCGGCAAGCAUGGACACACGAUCAUGAACCUGUUCAACAAGGACAAAGACACAAUACGCGAAUGCAAAAAGCUUCCGCGUGUUCCACUCAGUACGCAUGACAGAUAUGCAUGACAGACGCAUGACAGAUAGCGACAUUUGGACACCAGAGGGCACACACGGAAGUUUUUAGCCCCAUAGCCCGGAAACUUGAUCUGGGACGACAACAAGGUGGACGGGUACUGGGCCACCCGGACAAAAAAAAUCAAGACCCUGCCGUGGAAAACGAUGGGGAAAAGGCUGACCAAGUUGUACAACGACCUGGCGCCCAAGGAGAAGCUGAACCGCAUGCCCUUCGUGUUUUUGGCGAUGCCGCCCGGUGGUGAGCAGCUGGCAUCCGAAUCCCCGAGCCCCCUGAGUGGGAUGCAGGAUGAAGAGGAGCUGUCCGACGCCUCCGUCGCGGGAGGUGGUGAUGAUGACGAGGGUGAGGUGGAGAAGAAUGACGAGGUCAGCAGCGACGGGCUUUCCGAGGAGUUGGAUUUCAACGAAGACGGUGACGCUUUCGAUGAGAAUAAUUCGAGUGUGGUCGUCGAGCAGGGCCUGCUCGAGGGGGCCGGUGAAUACGAGGGUGAUAUCAAUGCUGGUCAGGUUAGUCGACAACUGCUUGCAUGAAGUUCCCGCAUGAAAAUGCCGCUUUUCUUCAUUGCCCUGACCAGCAUCGAUUUUGCGUUGCAUAUUCAGCAGGACGUGGUCGAAGGAGGAGAUGCUGGCGGGGGCGAUGUCGACAUGAUGGAUGUGGGGUAUAGUGGGUUGCUCUCGUGAUUCUAUAUGGAAGUGUUCAGAUUUGUCAUGCGAGUUUUCGGAUUUGUAAUGCGUGUCGGCACCUUGUCGCAAAUGAGUCUCCGUCUCAAUUUCAUUUUCAGAUUUGACGACGGUGGAAAUUCUACGGACGCUUCCAGUGGGUUGCAGCAGUUGCUUGGUGGGGCCAAGGUGAUGCCGUCUUCUUCUUCCUCCACCCGGAUCAAAAACAACAAUCUGGAUUUGAGCGGGAACUCCGCGAGCAGCAAGCAGAAUUCCUCCUCAACCUCUCUCGGCGGGGCCCUCGGAGCUCUUACGACCUACAGCAACUCUUCCAGCACUAACAUCAAUUCUACCACCACGGAAGUAGAGUGCCGGCAUGUUGUUCCGAAGGUGGUCACGGCCGAAUUGUGGGAAGACGAUGAGUUGCAGCAGAUGAAGAACGCGGUGCACGCGAUGUGCAAAAGCAUUGGCAGCGUCGGAGUGGAGGACGUCGCGCCGCUGUUCAAGUUCGCGGAGCACUAUGAGAGCGGCAUGAUGAUCCUGGAGAAGUUCUUUCGCAAAGGGUGGGGAUUAGAAAUCUUCGCCGAGCAGACCUACCCCCUGCGGGCGUUCAAGGAGCUGCAGUGGUUGGCGUGGUGUGAUUACAACAAGCCGGGGUUUCGGCCGCCCGUCCUGGCCAACGAUUUUCCCGCUCCGUCCUGGCUCUCCGAGCAUGACGCCGGGAUGCAGCGGGCGAUGGAUGAGGCAGAGGUGCUGGUGUACACCGAAGUCGUGCUGGAAUCUAUUCGGAGCAAUAAAAUCGAAGACGCCAAGCAACAAAUGAGCAUGAUCAUGAUGGAGAUGGGAAGUUCCUACCAGUUGGCCCUGCAGGAAGUGGCUUCGACCCGCGCCUGGAUGGAAUUUCUUCCGGUCCAGGUCAUGCACAUUGCGAUCGUGGAAUCCUUGAAGAAGUACGACCUGACCAUCGUGGGGGAAAACCACUACCCCUCCUACCUGAUGAACGACCGGACGUGGGUGAACAUCGGCGUGGAGACGACUGCCAGCGAUUUGAUCGACGCCGCGCACGAAAUUUCCAACAUGCCGAAGGCCCAGGUUCCGUUCGAGGAGUUUCACCGGAAGGUCUCCGACAUGCUGUCCAAGCUGGUGGAAACUGCUAUGGAGCGGUUAGAGUCGCAGGUGGAUGCCGUCCUGAAUGCGAAGACCUAUAUGGACCUGCACUGGAAGGCUGAGUAUAUAUGAUUUUUUAGUAUUAUUGUUGAAGGUGUUUAUCUGUGCCAGAGUCUGCAACGGCCCGUGUGAAGCAUGACGCUUGCCCUAUUAUGAUCAAGGAAGGAGAAGGCUUAAGAACUUACAGCGCCAGUUGCCCGCUUGUAUGUGCGAGCAGGCCUAUUGAGGGGCGGGGGAAGUCUCAAAAUGGCAAGCGCUCCAGCCUUGCGCGCGCUUUUCCCUAUCCCCACGCUGUUGCUCUUGGGUUCGGCAUAUCUGGGGCUUUCGGAGACUGGCCAAGAAGUUCAUCUCCGUUCUCAGUCAACACAAAUGGGCAGGGGCCGAACAUUGCGCAUUUUGUCCCGCUCUUGCCGCGAGGCCAGUGCAAGUUCGAGACCUUUGCCUAGCCUGCAGCUGCCUGGAGCGCGGGGAAUUUUUCUCAUAUCCUAAAUCCAUAAACGAAAACACCAGGUCUACCACCGUCCGCAAAAACCUCGAGAUGGCCGUAAAUGUUUUCGAGAAGGGUAGUGUGAAGCAUGACCGCGCGGCCCGCGCGAUCUACUACUGCAAGUUCCAGGAGGGCGCCCUGAGCGAGGAAGCCACGCAGGCGGCUGCGGACUCCCAGCUGUUGGCGACGGACUUCGCGUACAAAGCGGCGAUGGACCGGUACUUGGGGUACACCAGGAUUACAGGGGAGGGAAAAAACGAACUGGAUAAGAUGCUGAACUACUCGGAAUCCGACUGGAAGGCCGAACAGGACACGGACAUUCUGACGCUGAUGAUUGACCGGGCCGACAAGUUUCGCGCAACCAUCCCGAAGUUUCUCGCCGCCAGCCAGGUCUCGAAUCUCGCGGUAUCAAUUGCAAAAAUGUCUGGGUUUGGAAGAAUGCAAGAUUUGUGAUGCAGGUUUUCCAUGGCCCAUAAGGUCUGGAAUGCGAGACCCAGCAUGACAGAUUCUUUGAGGUCUCCACCAUGCCUUUCCUGCAUGAGAAACUCCCUCUCAACUUGGUCAAAAGGGGACAGCUUUUGGCACUCAUGCAACACAGAUUUCUGCAUGAUUCGGAUUUAGCAUGACAAGUUGCAAUCUUCCAGACCCGGGCACUUUUGCAAUCCAUACGCGGCGUUGUCGAACAACAUUUCGGACGAGUUGAUCCAGCGGAAGCGGAACGAAAAGGUGGACGAAGGCAAGAAGAAGGCCGUCCGCUCCCGCGAGGAGAAGGAGGAAAAUAAGGGGUUGCUGCCGGCGACGAAGAACCAGAAAAAGGAGCAGAAGGAGCGCCUGGAGAACGCCAAGCGGUUGGCGAAACAGGAGGAGGAGAAGAAGAAAAACGCGGCGGCGAGUUCCUCCAGCUCUUCGUCGAAUGUCGUGAGUCGUGGUGGUGGCAGCAGGAACAAGGACCUCUUCCUCGAGGCCCUCAAAAACGCGAAGAAGAAAUAAGGACUGGGGUUUUGAUCAAUUAGCUUCUGCAUCUACAACUACAAAAAUUUUGCAAUCCAAAUGUAACGCUCUUGAUGUAUUUUUCUUGCAUGGCAAACCUCUCGUUGUUUAGACAAGCAGCGGCACCGCGACUCCGGUGUCUCGUAGUGGUCAGCAAUCCUCGUAUGUCGUAGAUAUCUAUCCUAGGAAUGAAAAUCUGUAGCUUCAGAUCCUCGCGUGUCAUGCUUGAAUUUCCGACAGUCUCGCACUCAGAGUUUCGGUGAACGUUACUCCGCCCACCGAGUCGGGAUGGUUUCAGUGAGCUAAUCUUUAUAUUCACAGCGACUAUAUUAUUCCGGUCUGUAGCCGGCCAGCUUCGAACUUCUUAUUUUUACUCAGCCUGCCGCCCCGCUAUUACGCCGCUUGUAGUUCUAGCAAUUCAAAUCUCGGACCGCGGACUCCACGCAAUCGGCGCAGGUUGUUUUAAUUUUGACCGAGAGCUUCUCUUUGUUUCUUGCCGGUGUUGGCUCGUAUCUUUCGCGCGUCCCGUUGGAUGUGUUGACUAGAAAGUACCAGUACAGGAAUUAUUUCAGCUUGAAUUGUUAUCGCAAAAGGUAAAGUGUUGAUAUCUAGCAGUCCGCUUCCCACUAGGUGGGCCCUAGAAAAUUUCCCGAGACCGCAACAGCUCAGCAAAACAAUUUUCACCUUGAUUGAUGCAAAACAAAUUUGAAGAAUUAGAAAGCCCCAGUCCACGAAGACCGUAAGUCCAGUGACACCCAGAGAAACGAACUCGAGGAUCUCCAAGAACCGGACGAAAAUGUUUGAACUUCUUUUUCUGACUCCUUAUCAAUUCCAAGUAGCACCGUGCUACAUGCACCGAAGGCAAUUCGGCAUCAAGGUGGGUCUGUUCUGGUAUUUGCAACGCACACACGUAGGCAUGAGUGGGGUUUCUCCAAAAAGACCGCAGAUAUUGAUACUCAAAUCAAAUAAAAGCACACAGCAGGAGGUGCGGCGACGUCGGGACGUCAAUGUAUGGGCAGGUCUCCACCCUCCGCCGAGGUGGCAGAAUUGCGGACGACGCGACUGCCGUGUGGGCGGCAGCAGCAGCAGUAGCACUUCUAAUACCAGUAGUAGCGCGUCCUUCUAAUAGCAGUAACCCUAACUACCAGCAGUAGCCGUUGGGUGUGGCAGUAGUCGGAGACUUUGGGAACAAUCGAGGGGGACAAACAGGAGGAAGCAACAGGCGGAAGCAGCAGCCGCGGGGUUACAUAAUACCAUCAUGUCGAAAAAGUGUCGUCAAAUUUUUAAUUUCAAUUUACUCAAUAUACUUGACUUGGGAAAUCGGACCUCUUAAAAUCUGCAUUACAGAUCCUACAAAAAAUGCUUCUAUUUUUCCAAAUCAAAGCCACCUCGAUUGUGUUGAGAAUUUCUUUAUGUACUCUAUUGGUACCUUUUUUCCUCUAGGAGGCAAUUCUCAAGUUUUGAAUAUCUUAACCGGUAAACAAAUAUAUCCACGUCGUGGCUUUUGGAAUUCAUUUUUGGCAUUUCUAUUUUACACAUAUGAAAAUGCUGAGCAAACCAAAAAAGAAAUGCAGCAAGUAA